GUGUAGUGUGUAUGGGAGGGAAUAAGAGCGGGGUGAAAGACAGUGAAACGGGCAAAUCGAAUUCCCUGAGGACCUAUGUUUGGAGGUGUGAGUGUCAUGGAAGGCCAAAAUACCGGCGGAUGGUGAAUGGCAGGGUAGUUACCUGCGCAGAGGAACCAAUUCUUAAGAGGAAGACGAAGAAGUGUAGUUGCCCUGUUAUGCUAUAUGGGGCUCGGACCAAAGAGAAUUUAUGGGUUGUGAAGAGUGUUGUUACUGAACAUUUGAACCACAUUCCCACUCCUACCAAGUCCAACCAUAUUUCCAUGUUCCGGGUCAGGAAAAUAACUCAGACAAUCCUGAAACAGAUUGAAAAUGAUCACGAUUCAGGUGCACCUGUGGCUCAGAUUUUCAAUAACUUAGCGGGAAGAAGGAAUGGUGUAGAGAAUAUUGGUUUUACGAAGAAAGACGUGCAUAAUAUUUUGAAUAGGAGGAUGCGAUUGAGGCUACGAGAUGGGGAUGCUGUUGCAAUGAUAAAUUAUUUAGAUAAAAUGACAAAGGAUAAUCAAAUUUUUUUCCAUCUCCACCGGCUUGAUAAAACAGGGAAGUUGCAGGAUGUAAUGUGGGUUGAUGCUCGUAGCAGAGCCGCGUAUGAGUAUUUUGGGGAUGUGGUUUGUUUUGACUCCACGUACUUGACAAACAAGUAUGAGUUGCCAUUUUCGAACUUUGUUGGGGUGAAUCACCAUGGGCAAACAAUUUUGCUUGGAUGUGCAUUAGUGUCUCAUGAAACCGCGGAAACGUUCGUUUGGCUCUUUAGGGCAUGGUUGUCUUGUAUGGGGGGUAAAGCUCCCGAUGCUAUUAUGACCGACCAGGAUGCGGCUAUGAGGAAGGCAAUUAGAAUAGCAAUGCCAAUGCCUAAAACCAGACAUCGUUGGUGUAUGUGGCAUAUUAUGCAGAAGUUCAGCCGAAAAUUGGGUUCGAUGACUGAUUUUCCCCAAAUAAAAGUUGCCCUACAGAAUGUCAUAUACAACAGUUUGACCCCUGUUGAAUUCGAAGAAGGUUGGGCUGAAGUGGUGGAAACUUUCAAGCUGAAGGAGGCUAAGGAAAGCUACAAGUGGCUAGUAGGGUUGUAUAAUCAGCGAGAAAUGUGGAUACCUGCAUAUGUGAAGCAUAUUUUUUGGGCGGGGAUGCAGACGACUCAGAGGGUUGAGAGUAUUAACAGUUUCUUCGACGGGUACUUGAAGAAGAAUACGAGAUUAUAUCAGUUUGCUCCUAGGUACUGCAAGGCCAUGGAAAGUAGGGCCAAUGAUGAAAAAGCUGCUGAUGUGAACUGCUGUCGUUUUACUCGGUCUUUGGUUGGAGAGUUUGCUGUGGAGAGGAAGUUCCAGAAACUAUAUACUGAUGCGAAGUUCGUUGAAGUCCAGAUCCAAUGUAUGCGGGUAUGUUACGUAACACCUAUUACUUCGAAAGUAGUUUCUGAUGUGGAGGUUGAGCAUACGGUGUCUGACAAAGUAUGGGUAUGGUCCAAGUUCUUGAGAAAGGAAAUAUCUUUGGCAGGCCGGAAGCGUAUAUACGUCGUGAUGUUCAACAAGGAGACCUCUUUUGCAAAGUGUGACUGCAAACAUUUCGAGUGCCACGGCAUUAUGUGUAGGCACAUCAUUAAGGUGUUGGACGUGGAGGAUGUGGAAAAUGUGCCUGCUGGAUAUAUAGUUGACCGAUGGAGGAAAGAUAUACAACGCAAGCACACUCUUGUGAAGGUUGCUUAUCAUGAUCCCGAGAAAACAGAAGAAGUUAAGCGCUAUGACCGGAUUAUGAAUGCGGUGGAACCUGCUGCCCUCCGUGGAUCACUUUCCGAGCAGAAGUUGGAUUUGGUCAUAGAAGGUAUUAUGAAUAUUGUGUUACGUCUUGAUGAGAGUGAUGCUCUUUCAGCAGUUGGUGAUAACGAAGCUGGUGCACUGACUUCCGGGGGGAACAGGAUGGCGAUUGUUGAUCCUGUUCCGCGCGGUGGUUUAAAGGCUCACAGGACUCGUGAAAAAAGAUUUUUACAACCAGGUGAGAAUAAAAACCCCGCAAGGAAGCAAGUCAGGAAAAACAAGAGUGUUGUACCACAAGACUUUCCAGAAACCAGCAAUUGUCAGAACACUUGCCUUCCUCAACACAAGUACGUGCAGCCGCCAAACACCUUCCAUCCUGGUUGGGGAUCCCACGAUCAAUAUGGGUAUAGUGCUGAUUACCUGCCUCAAAUGGCUGGGCAAGUAAGGGGGACUAUGGUAUACCCUCAGCAGAACUACAACAAUGGGGUAUCUGUUCAACAGUUUCAGUCAUCUGGAAGAGUAAGUGGAGUUGUUGCCACAAAUUUGUUUCCCUCAGGACAGACAGAAAUUCGCAUAUCUGUGGGUGGGAUUCGUAUGACCCCGGAGGGUGGUGACGUACUUUCGUCCCAAGACCGUUGUGGUAUAUCAAUGUCACAAAACAUAUCUGGUGGUCCAAUUGCCCAAAACCUAUCCGGUUUACACAUGUCCCAGAACAUUAAUGGUGUGCAAAUGUCGCAAAACUUGAGUGGAGUGCAAAUAUCUCAGAUGUCGCAAAUGUCCCAGAAUGCUGGUUCCAUUCGUUACUUCACCAGUAACAGCAGCAGCAGAGGUGGAAAUUAUCAAGAGGCCGGGACUCAUUGUAUGCCUGCAAAUCAUAACCAGCACCGGCAUAGUUUCCAGGUUGUGAACGAAACCUCCCAUGGGAUCACCGUAGUUAUCAACCAACUACUAAACACUUGUUGCAGUCCAAUCCGGGUUUGUUAG